UUGCUCAGCGCUACACUUCCAAACCCAGAUAGCGGAGCGGAGUGAGAGACACAGAGAGAGGAGGCGCGCUGGCACCGCUAGAGAAAAGCUGCAGCAGCGACACACUCGCAUUGCUAUAUACAGGGAUCGGGCUGGCAGCCAGUGACACUCCCCUCCACACAGAGCGAUCACAGCCAAUUGGGAAAUAAGGACAAGAACAUCCAAACUUCACUUGGAGCGAAUCGGCCGGGGGCAGUGGGGAGGAGACGCUGAAAUCUAGGAGACUUUUUCCGCUUUCUUCUAUUUCCCUAGUCUGUGAUUCUACUAUUUCUAUGUGAUUUAGAAACUCGGGCGAGAUUUGGCAGCGCUGCUUGGAAAGCGCAGGAGUAGCGAUGGGGAAAGUGUUCGCAAGUUGCCUGCUGACUUUGGCUACACUUCUGCCCGCGGUAGCGAUUGAAUCGUACUCAGGUAGCUGCUCAUUUGAUGAACCUUUCCAGUCAUGCGGAUACAGCCAAGGUGAACAUAAUGAUCUUAACUGGGAGCAGGUGAACACGCUUCUGAAGCCAACAUCUGAUCCAUGGAUGCCAUCAGGUUCUUUCAUGAUGGUGAAUACUACUGGAAGAUUUGCUGGACAAAGAUCUGUGCUGUAUUUACCUCAGCUGAAAGAAAACGACACGCACUGUAUUGAUUUCCACUAUUUUGUAUCAAGCAAAAGUGGGGCCCUUCCUGGCUCAAUGAAUAUUUAUGUCACAGUAAAUAAUGGCCCUAUGGGGAACCCAGUCUGGAAUAUUUCAGGGAGUGCUACAGGCACCUGGAAUCGGGCAGAACUGGCUAUUAGCAUCUUCUGGCCAAGGUUUUAUCAGGUUUAUUUUGAAGUCAUCACAUCUGACCAGCAUGGAUACCUGGCCAUUGAUGAAGUGAAGGUUCUUGGACAUCCAUGCCCCAAGACCCCCCAUUUUGUGCACGUUCAGAAUGUUGAUGUCAACGCCGGGCAGUCGGCCACAUUUCAGUGCACGGCAAAUGGAAAGACAUCUGCGAUGGACAGACUUUGGUUGCAGGGUGCCAAUGGGAGGGUUGCUCCAUUAAAGGAUAUAAAAGUGCAAAAUAUCCGUCGAUUUGUGGCUACGUUUAAUGUAGUGAACACAACGAAGAAGGACGCUGGCAAUUAUCGCUGCAUGGUCCGUACAGAAGCAGGAGUUGGAGUGUCAAACUAUGCAGAACUGAUUGUCAAAGAACCACCUGUUCCAAUAGCUCCUCCUCAACUCUCAUCAGUUGGCGCUACGUAUAUGUGGAUACAAUUGAAUACCAACUCUAUCAAUGGGGAUGGUCCGAUCAUUUUGAAAGAAGUGGAAUAUCACACAGUUAGUGGAAGCUGGUAUGACAUACAGGUAGUGGACUCGAAUAUCUAUAAGAUAGGUCAUCUUGAUCCAGACACAGAAUAUGAAAUUAGUGUCUUGUUGACCAGACCAGGAGAAGGAGGAAGAGGAUCUCCCGGCCCUGCGCUAAGGACUCGGACAAAAUGUGCUGAUCCUAUGCAUGGUCCACGCAAAUUACAAGUUGUAGAAAUCAAGUCAAGGCAAAUCACUAUCCGCUGGGAACCCUUUGGAUACAAUGUUACUCGCUGUCACCGCUACAACCUUACUAUUCUCUACAAAUACCAAGUUGGGGGUCAGGAACAAGUGAGAGAGGAAGUGAGCUGGGAUACGGAAAGUUCACACCCUCAGCACACAAUUACAAACCUCACCCCUUUUACCAAUGUCAGCGUCAAGCUUGUUCUCAUGAAUCCCGAGGGAAGAAAGGAAAGCCAAGAGCUUAUUGUACAGACUGAUGAAGAUGUCCCAGGAGCGGUGCCUCUUGAGUCCCUACAAAGUAGCACCUUUGAAGAAAAAAUCUUCUUACAAUGGAGGGAGCCUGCUCAAACAUAUGGCAUAAUUACUUUAUAUGAGAUCACCUACAAGGCAGUCAGCUCAUUUGACCCAGAAAUAGAUUUAUCCAAACAAAGUGGCCAGGAUAUAAAGCAAGGAAAUGAAACUCACUACCUGUUCUUUGGCUUGUACCCUGGCACCACGUAUUCCUUUACAAUAAAGGCCAGUACAGCCAAAGGCUUUGGUCCUGCGAUUACAAGUCAAUUUACAACCAGAAUCUCAGCACCAUCCAUGCCAGCAUAUGAACUUGAAACACCUUUAAAUCAGACUGACAGCACAGUGACAGUUAUGCUGAAGCCAGCUCAAAGCAGAGGAGCUCCUGUCAGUGUUUAUCAGGUCAUUGUUGAAGAAGAACGACCUCGAAGAACCAAAAAGACGACAGAAAUGCUAAAGUGUUAUCCAGUUCCCAUCCACUAUCAGAACUCUUCGCUGCUGAACUCCCAAUACUAUUUUGCUGCUGAAUUCCCACCCAGCAGCCUGUUGUCCUCCCUGUUAUUCACAAUCGGUGAUAAUAAAACCUACAACGGCUACUGGAACACUCCGCUUCUUCCGCACAAAAGCUACAGUAUUUAUUACCAAGCAGCUAGCAGAGCAAAUGGGGAAACCAAGAUAGACUGUGUCAGGAUAGCCACGAAAGCUGCGAUAAUCGUGACUCAGCUUACAACACCAUACAUUCGCAUCGCCCCUGCUGCAGGCGACGACCAACUAACAGGAGCGGCAACAAGCAAACCGGAUUCAGAACAUGAGAGCCAAUCCGAUCACACAGUCAAAAUCGCUGGGGGAAUAGCAGGAAUUCUCCUGUUUGUCAUCAUUUUUCUUGGAGUUGUCUUAGUCAUGAAGAAGAGGAAAUUAGCAAAGAAGCGGAAGGAAACUUUGAGCAAUACGCGGCAGGAAAUGACAGUGAUGGUGAAUUCAAUGGAUAAAAGCUAUACUGAGCAAGGCACCAACUGUGAUGAAGCUUUUUCCUUCAUGGACACACACAAUCUAAAUGGCAGAUCCGUGUCUUCCCCAUCCUCAUUCACAAUGAAAACAAAUACAUUAAGUACAACAGUGCCUAACUCUUACUACCCAGAUCCAUUUGUGCCAACUGCAAUUUUAGACGAAAACCACACGAACAGUGAAACAAGCAGUCUAGCCCAGCCUCACACGUACAAGAAACGGGAUCCAGUUGAUAUUCCAUACCAAACAGGGCAGCUUCAUCCAGCCAUCCGUGUAGCUGACUUACUGCAGCACAUCACACAGAUGAAAUGCGCUGAAGGCUAUGGAUUCAAAGAAGAAUAUGAAACUUUCUUUGAAGGACAGUCGGCACCAUGGGAGUCGGCAAAGAAAGAUGAGAACAGAAUGAAGAACAGAUAUGGGAAUAUCAUUGCCUAUGACCAUUCUCGAGUGAGACUCCAAAGCAUUGAAGAUGAAGCCAGCUCAGACUAUAUCAAUGGAAACUAUGUUGACGGUUAUCACAGGCCUAACCACUAUAUUGCCACACAAGGUCCAAUGCAAGAAACAGUAUAUGAUUUCUGGAGGAUGAUAUGGCAUGAAAACACAGCCAGUAUAGUCAUGGUGACCAACCUAGUUGAAGUUGGCAGGGUCAAGUGCUGUAAAUAUUGGCCAGACGAUACUGAAAUUUAUAAAGACAUAAAAGUGACUCUGAUUGAAACAGAACUGCUUGCAGAAUAUGUAAUCAGAACAUUUGCGGUGGAAAAGAGGGGCGUCCAUGAAAUCCGUGAAAUUCGCCAGUUCCACUUCACAGGCUGGCCAGACCAUGGAGUACCAUAUCAUGCAACAGGGCUUCUAGGAUUUGUACGACAAGUUAAAUCAAAGAAUCCACCUAAUUCAGGUCCAUUAGUUGUGCACUGCAGUGCAGGGGCAGGAAGGACUGGCUGCUUUAUUGUCAUUGACAUCAUGCUGGAUAUGGCAGAAAGAGAAGGCGUGGUAGAUAUCUACAAUUGCGUGAGGGAACUGCGUUCCCGUAGAGUAAAUAUGGUGCAGACUGAGGAGCAGUAUGUGUUCAUUCAUGAUGCCAUUUUGGAAGCUUGCCUUUGUGGAGAUACAGCAAUCUUGGCAUCUCAGGUCAGAUCUGUUUACUAUGAAAUGAACAAAGUGGACCCACAGACUAACUCUAGCCAAAUUAAAGAAGAAUUUAGGACAUUAAAUAUGGUGACUCCAACUUUGCGAGUGGAAGACUGCAGUAUAGCGCUCUUACCCAGAAACCAUGAGAAGAACCGUUGCAUGGAUGUAUUACCGCCAGACCGAUGUCUCCCAUUUCUCAUUACAAUCGAUGGGGAGAGCAGUAACUACAUCAAUGCAGCACUGAUGGAUAGCUACGUGCAGCCAUCUGCCUUCAUAGUCACACAACAUCCCUUGCCAAACACAGUGAAAGACUUCUGGAGACUGGUCCUAGACUAUCACUGCACAUCCAUAGUAAUGCUAAAUGAUGUAGAUCCUGCCCAGUUGUGUCCUCAGUACUGGCCAGAAAAUGGAGUACAUCGACAUGGUCCCAUUCAAGUGGAGUUUGUAUCUGCAGACUUAGAAGAGGACAUCAUAAGUCGAAUAUUUAGAAUCUACAAUGCCUCAAGACCACAGGAUGGAUACCGCAUGGUGCAGCAGUUCCAGUUCCUAGGCUGGCCUAUGUACAGGGACACACCAGUGUCAAAAAGGUCUUUCCUUAAGCUUAUACGGCAGGUGGACAAAUGGCAGGAAGAAUACAAUGGUGGAGAAGGUCGAACAGUUGUACACUGCUUAAACGGAGGGGGACGCAGUGGUACAUUUUGUGCAAUCAGUAUAAUAUGUGAAAUGCUUCACCACCAGAGGGCAGUUGAUGUGUUCCAUGCUGUGAAGACUCUAAGGAACAAUAAACCUAACAUGGUGGAUCUCUUGGAUCAAUACAAGUUCUGCUAUGAAGUGGCGCUGGAAUAUUUAAAUUCCGGAUGAAUGCACUGAUGAUACCAAUAAGCAAAAAUAAUUUGAAAAACUUUCACCUCCAUCUCUGCUAGGAACAAUGCAAAUUGUUCCUUGAUUUUUGUGUAUAUAAAAUGAGACUUCAAUGUUCUGCUUAUUUGGCUUUUGUAUAAUUGGCUCUUUUAGGAGCUGAAGAGAAGUGUUUUGGAAACUGCUUGCACUGCCUUUUUCCCACAGUCAUGCUGCUUUUUCUUAUUUUUUUUUUGACCCGGAUGCAUCUUGAAGUUUCUGGAUUCCAUAUCCGCAAAUUGCAAGGCGCCAGAGAGGAGCAGCAUUUUGAGGUGGCAAAAGAAAGAGCACAAUGACAUUCUUCUGAAGGAAUUUGUACUCUUCAGUUGUCCGUUUGUUUUUGUUGUCGUCAUAACUGCAGUAGUGUUACAUUUUGUUCUGUGAAAAAUGCAGUCCAGCACUAUGACAAAAAGUUUGGUUAUAUUUGUACCCCAAUAUGGUUGAAAUGAAUCAUGAUAUAUAUGUAUUUUAUCUGUUUUAAACUGCAUUUUACCAGGCCACCUUUUUUAUUACAAUUACUUUAUUUGUAUUAUUUCAGAGAAACAAAGAUAAUUAAUUUGCAAAAAAAGUGCAGGAUAAAUAAAAAGUCUAUCCCAAAUUUGCUGAUGUGUUUAUGGUGUAUAUUAUAGGCAACAGUUUAUUUAUUAAACUUUAAAUAUUUU